GACGAGACGUGUAGCGGAGAAGAUCCAAAGGAGCGGAUGUCGUACUGCUACCGUAAACAGGCCAUAGACAAAGUGAGACUACUUUGAAGAGAGAUUUGAUUGAAGUGGCGGUUUGUGCGUUGGUCUGUUCGGUUAUGUGUGUGUGUUUUGGGUAAUAUGAGCUCCAACUGCUCCGCGGACGCGCUGCUGCUGCUGCCCGGCGCCGCGCUGCUGCACUCCGGCCUGCUGACCGCGGCGCUGCUGCUGGGCGCCUGCAUGGGGCUGGUUGCCGCUGCGCUUCUUCAUAUCUACGCCCUCAAACCCUUUUUCCUCACUAAAAAGUUUAAAGGUUAUGACCCCUGGAGCCUGCUGGAGGUGGAGGAGAGAGAUGAGGAGACUGAGAGUAGCUGUGUGGGGAGGAAGACUGCGCCAUCAGAAACAGUGAAGCAGAAGCAGAAGCAGAUGGAGCCGGUGAACAGUGAUGUAGCUGCCUUUGCGCUGAAGGCAAAAGUAGUUUAUCCCAUCAACCAGAGAUACAGACCGUUAGCAGAUGGGGCCUCCAAUCCAUCUCUACAUGAGAACCCGAAACCAGCCGCUUCUCCUGACCAAAACUCCGUCUCUUCUUCUGCGGAUGACUGGCCAAGUCAGGAGAGAGAGGAAGAUGAGAGCAGUCAGGAUAUCUGUUCUGAACCUGCACCUAAAACACAGCAGAGCCUCAGCUUUAGGAGAGUGCAGCACUACCCACACACACUCUGCUACCCUGGGGAUGAAGGUAAAGUGAGUCUGCUCUGUGUGACACUGCAGAACCUUUAUCUGCAUACAGCUCAACUACAGAAGGAAAAAUGGAGUAUUUUCCUGCAUAUUCUAAGAGUUCUGUUCAGCAGAGAGAACUUUGCCCUACAGCAAGACUUACAGCAGCAGGAAAAGGAAAUGGAGCAGCUGAAGAAAGACAUAUGUCCUGAGCUGCUGAGCUGGGAGAAAGGGGCAGAGCCAGGCUCAGUUUUGUGCUCUGUAGAGGAAGUGGAGAAAGCAGGCAGAGAGAAGCUGGAACAUACACUGCAUAUGGCUGUGAGUUUUGCUAAACGGUUGGAGCAACUCUGUCAGCGCCUUCAUAGCAGCACACCAAAUGACGUUGCACAGGAUAUCACUCGUUCACUAAUCCACUGUCUCCUGUUGGUGGAGAAGCAGCUAGCGGAUAUUCAGUCUUCAUAUGUGAAGAUCCUGUGUGAUAGGAUGCAGUGGUGGGAGGAGCUAUCUGGUUGGCUGAGAAUCAGACUGGCCUUCCUGAGGCAGGAGGCAGAGCUUAGAAUGAAGCUCACUAUCCAAACACUAGAGGAGCUGACAGCUGAUGGACAUCUGGGGUUUGGUCACAUGGAGAGACUGAUCAGUGACCUGCAGACUGUGGUCAGAGAAGAGCUCCAGCGCUGCUUUGAUGAGAUCAGGCAGCAGACUGUGGAGCUGGUCUGUGAGCACUGCAGGAAGCUGGACAUGAAGAUGAGGAAGAUGGUGAAGGCUCAGGCCAAAGAGUGGAGUUGUGUGCUGGAGUCACGUGAUCAUCAGCAGAGAGAUGCUCAGCAGGUCAUCGAACUGCUGGAGGAACUGCAAGUAAAACACUGGAAGCAAAGAACAGACUAUGAGCUCCAGCAUGACAGGAGAGUAUCUGAUGCUGUGUGUGAGCUGUGGAAGAAGCAUUUUCAGGUUUUUUUGGGAAGCUUAACUGAACUCUGGAGAGAGUGUGUACUGACAAGCUCCGCCUUCUCAGUGGAUGACUGCCAGACACUGCUAGACAACACAGAAUCUAUGCUGGCCAGUCAGAUCCAGCAAGAGGAGAGCAGCACACACCAGCACCUGCACAUACUCAGACAACAGCUGGAGCGGGACAGACAGGUUUGGGCUGAAGAGGAGGCGCUGGCUAAAUCCUGCCUUAAACACCUUGCCAACCAACACAUGAAGGUUACUAUGGCAACAGUUGCCAGAGAGAACGAUAUACAGAACAGAAGUGUGAUUGCGGAGAAGCAGCACCUGCUCAUACUUGAGAUUCAGAGGAUAUUAGCAGCUCGGCACUUCUACAUCCAAACAUUGAAAGAGAUGAAGCUCACACAGCUCAACCUACAGUCAGAUACACAGAGCCUUCAGCAGGAGCAUCUAUCAGAACAGGAGACCGCCUCUGAGCUCAUACAAGAACAUGCCCGGUUGUUAAUCGGCCACGCCCUUGCCCACAGCGCUCAACUGCGAUUGGUGGACUCUGCACCUGAUAACACAGGAAUGGCUAAUGACGGACAGAAGGAACGGCUGAAGGAAGCAGUGUGUGAGAGUGUGUAUGUAACACAGGACUCGGUCACCGCACUCAUAAUGAACUACUACUCCCAGAUUCAGACUGUUAUCACAGCAACACAGCACAGUCCACAACAACAGCACUCCAAGAUGAGAGAAAGACAGAGAAAGAGAGGAGAGUGCAUUAGAGCUCUGCAGCGAGAGCUGAGUAACUGGGCCAGAAAACCCCACUCUGCUGAGUUCUACAAGAGAGUUGAGCAGCAGAAGAGGCACGGUCUCUGUCAGUGUGAGGAGGAAAGUAUGCGUGAGGACCAAGAAGAGAUAAUGGACCUGCAGCACCAAAUACACACCACCAGAGAGGAACUCAGGGAGGAAGAGGACAGUUUCCUAUCUCGACUGGCAGCACUAGCAAGGGUACCUCUGACAGACACACAGACGAACAGCCGUGCAGGUGCAGAGAUGAGUGCACUGCCACUAAAAAGCCAAGAGAGAGAUUGGCCUUCACUCAGUGCUGCCACCUACAGACUAAUCAAUGCAGAAGGCUGCAAAAAUGGCAGGCCCAGAAGGAGAGAGAUGCUACAAUCCUGAUUAGUGUUUUUUUUUUUUAUGUGUUCAUGUGUGAGGC